CUACCCGCAUUUCCCAACAUUCUUUAACAUCAAAUACCAGUCAACUCCAUGCUCAACUAUGCAUUCUCCUUCCUCAACCUCUCAUUCUCUUCAAGAAGCUCUGGCGUGUCGUGGUAAUGCUUGUUGUUUGGGGAAUCGGAGUAGCAAUCUAUGUCAUCGCCAGCAAUGAAAUUUGAUGGAAUUACUUGUUGCACAGCCGAAUUUGCAAGAGUCACAGCAGUUAUACUAGAUAUUUUCCAGGAUCCUAAGACGGUGGAUGCAAAUCUCCUACUGAGUAUUGAUUCAUUGUUCGAAUUUAUGCUUUUUAACGGAUAUGUUGGAUGAACUGCAAGAGCAUGUUGAAUCUAUUGACAUUGCAAAUGGUAAAUUUUCCAAUUUCCAUGAAAUUCUCCUGUUUUCCAGAAACGCUAUCCGUCUCAUGUUUCAGAGAAGUCUUCUCUUUGGUGGCCAAAUAGCCUUUAUUUUGCUGCUACUUCUCCAAAUUUGUCAUGCUAAGAAUGAUCCUUGUGCUCCUUCCUCGUGUGGUAAUAUCCUUAAUAUCAGCUACCCUUUCCGACUACAAACUGAUCCAAAGCACUGCGGAGACCGUAGAUAUUCACUAUCAUGUGAGAAAAAUAGCACAGUAUUGCAUCUGUUUCCUGGAAAAUUCUACUACGUUCAGGCAAUUAAUUAUAACAACUACACAAUCCGACUGUUGGAUCCUGGUGUAGUUAAAGAUGAUUGCUCCUCCAUGCCUCGUUUUCCUUUAACUCGUCCCAAUUUUCCUGAUGGAGGUCCAUAUAUACCGAAUAAGUAUUUGUCGACUUCUUCGUUGACGACAUUUUCUGCAGAAAUUAUUUUCAUGAACUGUGUACAGCCAAUAAAUUCUCCUGAUUACAUUGACGCUACUUCUUGCAUUACUAAUGGAUCAAAGCAUUAUUAUGUGCGAAUUGACACGUUCGGCGGCAUAUCAGGGAUGGAUUGGAUGAGCACGUGCACCAUAGUAACGGCGGCCUUCGUACCUGCCGAAAGGAAUUAUACCAGCAUGUCGUUUGUUGAAGUUCACAGAGAGCUGGCUUAUGGGUUCGAAAUUUCAUGGCUGAAUCUGUACUGCGAAAGGUGCGAAUCCAAUCAGUGCUUCUUCAAUGAAACGGAAAAUAGGAUUCGUUGCUUUGAGGAAUUUCCAGAUUAUUUCAAAGAAGUUUGCUACCUCAGUUCCAGUCUUUUCAGACAUGUAGUGGAGUGCUCCUUCUAUAAUGCAACUUCUAGCACAUUCGGCUUAUCCAACAAAAUUAAAAGGUCAUUGCCAGCUGUACUUGCUUACGUUGGGUUGUCGUUUGCAACAAAAACUUUAUGUGGGACUCCAUUUGUAAUUGCGUUUUUGGUCUAUAAAUGGCGAAAGAGACAUAUAUCAGGAUAUUACACAAUUGAAGAAUUUCUACAAAGUCAAAAUAAUAUGGCACCUAUAAGAUAUUCAUACUUGAGUAUUAGGAGAAUAACUGGAGGCUUUAAGGAAAAGUUGGGUGAAGGAGGCUUUGGUUGUGUGUAUAAAGGGAAACUGCGCAGUGGUCGUAUUGCAGCAGUAAAGAUGUUGGUUAAAUCUAAAACUGAUGGACAGUAUUUUAUUAAUGAAGUUGCUACACUUGGAAGGAUUCACCAUACCAAUGUAGUCCAACUAAUUGGUUUUUGUGCCGAGGGAUCAAAGUAUGCUCUUGUCUAUGAUUUCAUGCAUAAUGGAUCUCUUGAUAAGUAUCUAUCUUCUCGGGAAGGAUCUAUCUCCUUAAGUUGGGACAAAUUAUAUGAAAUCUCUCUUGGAGUAGCUCGUGGUAUUGCAUAUUUACACCAAGGCUGUGACAUGCAGAUCUUACAUUUUGAUAUCAAGCCACACAAUAUUCUUCUUGAUGAGAGUUUCACUCCAAAGAUUUCUGACUUUGGGCUUUCUAAACUAUAUGGGACAAAUGAAAGCAUUAAAACUCUCACUGCUGCAAGAGGAACAAUAGGAUACAUGGCACCCGAGUUAUUUUAUAGAAACAUUGGACGUGUUUCACAGAAAGCAGAUGUCUAUAGCUUUGGAAUGUUGUUACUAGAAAUGGCAGGUAAAAGGAAGAAUUUGAAUACACUGCUAGAAAACUCAAGCGAAACGUAUUUUCCACUUUGGGUUUAUGAUGAAGCCUCUAGUGGGAAUGUCGUAGAAAUCAAUGAUGCCAUAGAGGAGCCAAACAAAAUAGCUAAGAUGAUGGUUGUGGUAGGACUAUGGUGCAUACAAAUGAAACCGAGUGAUCGUCCUCCAAUGAACAAAGUCAUAGAAAUGCUUGAAGGAGAUCUUGAAAGUCUUCAGUUGCCUUCCAGGUUUGCUCUAUUUCCCGAAGAAACUAUAAUAAGAGAUGGAGAUGAGUCUUCAUCUAUGUCAACCGACUUCUCAGAAACACUUAGUUUGAUUGAAAAUGCAUCUUAAACUUAUUUGAGGGAGUUAUUUUGAUAAUAUACAUUGGAAAUUAACUUGUCAUCCAGACUUGGCAAAAUAGCUAAUGAAAAAUAAAUGUUGCAGCAAAAGUGCUUUUGUUAUAUAUAUGUGUGUGUAAAGAGAAUGAUCGUCUUUAUACAUUGUAUAUUCUGGGUAAUAGACCUGGUUAUUGUUCAUGAGAUCUGUAUUGAUCAAUGAUUUUACUAUUUUAGCUUCAGAUUUUUAAUGGCCAGCAUUUGUGUGCUGAAGCACCAGAAACAAUAUCAUCAAAAAGUGUUUGGUUAAUAUUUGUGCAAUUGAAAGAAAUUUGGUUGUGGGACCAUAACUGAGUUGUUCUCAUGUUUGUAGUGAUUGUAUUGACAGUACAGAACAAGAAAAAGAAGAAACUAAGUGGUUAGCAACAUGUUCAUACUCGUUUAAGGCCACUUGACAAUCCUUCUCUAUAUGCUUACUACAUCAUUGGUUAUUACAGAUGCUCUCUAUUCAAGAUUUACUAUGUUUCUGAAAGAUUUCUUGCAUGUUUCAUUCUUAUUGGUUAGUAAAAAGCUGAAAGGAUUUGCAGU